AUGCAGGCUCAAAAUAGUAGCCGCCAUUAUAGUUUUAGUCUAUUUAGUUAGAAAAUGUGUUAUCAUCAAUAAGCAUUUAAUCAUUUUAGUUUUCGUUAGUCUCAGCUGAAUCAAAUUUAUCAUUUUAUAUUAAAUCAAAAAUGUUUUAUCUAAUUUAUUGAGAUUACUACUAAAGUCUUUGUUGUUAAGUCUUAGUGUUCUCUUUGUUUUUACUUUACUUUUAAUUUUAACCUUAAGCUUAUUUGUUUUAAUUUGCUCGUUUGUUGCUACUCAAAGUAGUUUGAUAGUCAUUUGAGUGAUUCGUAGUGGUAGUCCUUCCAGACUAAAAUGCAGAGGAAGGCACUUGGUUUUCUUUAUCACUCUUAUAAUCAUUUCUCUUGGAAGCCAUUUUAGAAGAAAUAGGUGAUUUACUUCUACGACAAACAGUCUUCUUGGCUUCUUCACUUUUCAAGUCUUCGAUUGUGA